ACAUCUGGUUUGUUGAUUGAUUAAUGGACGGUCGUCAGUAGGUCGGUCGAUUCGCUGUUCGUUUAAAAAACGCGAGUGAAUUCUUUAAUAAUAUAAAUGAUCUCCAAAUAUAUGAGAACAGCUUUGAAUUAGGAAAUAAUUGUAGUGUCUGUUAAUGUUGCGCACUUGUAAUCGGGACGUGUUGUAGGCAGGUAGGCGUUAAUCGUCGCAAUGAGAGUUUGGCUAUUUUUUUUAAUAUUAUGUGUGUGCACCGGGCUUAUUGUUGGUGAUAAAGAAAAAAUAGAAGAUGAUGCGAACAGGAAGAGAAUACUUGAGCAGUUGACAAGGACUCGCACGGUGUUACUGGAUGAUUAUCAUUUGGUCACUAGGCAGAUCGCCACCGAUGUAUAUAUGUUUAGAAGUUACCGCACAGUUUCUGUAGUAUUCUACCCUAUAAUGAGGGAUGUCACGGAUGCUCGCUUCACCUUCCAAUCUGAGGAGCUUCACUUGAAUAACAUUGGCUCAUGCAGCCCACAAGAGGUAAUCAUAAACAUAAAACAUGGGUCUUACCCGGCCGUGAACCCUGAUGGGUACGACUUCCCCAAGGAUUUCCUCGACCCGGCUACCAGGGAGCCACUCUAUACCCUGGAGGUACAGUCUGAUGGCAAGAACAGAACGUACUCGAUAGAGAACCCCAAGCCAGGAAACUGGUACGCACUGAUUUAUAUAAAGUGGGAAGAUCCUAGGACGCAGAAAGUUGAGCAAGAAGGUCUCGUCGCCGACUGCCAAACGAUACUCUACACAGAUUUACAAGUGAAACGCGACGAAAAUAUCGAACUAAUAGAUUGCUAUAAUGGCAUAACCGAGAUAAAUUAUCAUGAUCUCCCUGGACUAUUCAAGUGCAUGUCUACAGAUAGAGUAGACCCAAUCGCGUUGAAUGUUACCAUAGUCAACACUUCCGCAGGGGAUAGUGAAUUGUUCUUUAGGGUACAGGCCCUCUCUAUUCCUACAGAAGACAGCAAUGUUAUAUACUGCGCUUUCGACCCUCGAGCGAAUAACUACCAGACCAUCACAUUCAUCCCUCACCCAAACGCCUGGCACUACAUACACAUAGGUCCAAUCGAAGGCAAUGUGUCCAGAAUAGCAGACUGCGAAUCCUAUUUCAUGAGAACAGACAUCGAUGAGCUGGUAAAUCACACAGUUAUCGACCUUAUGCGCGAUGACAAAGGUCGCUUUUUCACGUUCGACUACGGCCUACCCACAACCGACAUUCAAGACGCGACGAGUCUAAUUAAUAUAACUUCAUCAGAAAUUAAGUCGCUGAGGUUUAAAAUCAACCAGUUCUUAGAUAUUGGCGGGAGCUUGUCAAUAGCGGCCAGUCUUCUUAUGAGCUUGAAAUACUAUAUGGGAUAUAAGAGGGCGUUUGAUAAAGAGACAUUGCUGGCCUUUACGGAAGAUAAUCAAUUUUUCAAAGCUGUGAUAUGCAUGGAUAUUGGUCACCCCAGCAUACCGUUGGAGAGUGGUCAUUGUCGGUACAACGAUAAGGUGAAGCCGGCGUUGUUCGUGCUGAACAGUACCGACUCAGAAUCGAUAUACGACAAGACGUAUAUCCCGUUUCCUGACAGUGGUACUUGGUACUUAACGUUUAGGAUAUUUUGUGACCAGAGUGUGUGUCCUUGCCGGACUUCGGAUAACGGGACGAAGUAUUACGUGGACACUUCUAGUGAUAGAGACAUUGAUGAUUCUGUGGUUGCCUCGAAUGGGACUCGGUUGGGGACUUCGGAGUGUAACGCGACGGUAGUGUUGACCGUGUCGUCGAUGUCGUGCGUUUCUGGAAAGUGCAGCAACCACGGCAACUGUUUGCUGAACACUUUCGGAGCGCUGGUGAUGUCGUUUUGUUCCUGCGCUUCUGGUUACGGAGGUUGGGACUGUUCCGAUAGCUCCAGAAUGGACAGCAAGGUCUACAUGUUAGUCUCCGUGCUCCUCCUCACUCUGAGCAACAUCCUCUUCAUCUUCUCCAUCUACGUGGCGGUCAUCCGGCUGUACUACACCGAGGCCAUGAUGUAUGCCUUCACCAUGAUCUUCUCCACUUUCUACCACGCCUGCGACGCCCCCUCCCAAGUCGCCUACUGCAUCAUGAGAGGUAAUAUCCUCCAAUUUGGGGACUUCUACUGCGGCCUCAUGUCUUUCUGGGUAACUUUACUCGCUAUGAGCAUCCUAAACGAAAAACUAAGAUCCUCAUUACAACUUAUAGGUGCUAUAAUAAUAGCUUUAUUAACGACUUGGAAUAUGCAUUCUUUUGUCUCAUUUCUACUGCCAGUAGCCGUUGGCAUAUCAGUAGUUUUCAGUUCCUGGUAUCUUGAUUAUAGGAAAAAUCGUGUCAUGAAGUAUCCUAGGUCGUAUUAUUUUAAGCACAUGCCUUUAGGUAUUGUGUUAGUUAGUGUAGGUUUGAUUUGUUACGCUUUUCUGCAGACGGAGCAGAACUAUAAGAUAGUACAUUCAGUGUGGCAUAUGAUUAUUGCUUUGAGUGUUGGGUUCUUGUUACCUGAUAUUAAGAGGGCAGGUGAUGUGAAUCCCUUUUUUCCAACACAUGGUUAUUAUAAGUUGUCGUUCUGUAGGAUGUUUCGGAGACCUCAAGCGCCAAUAGCGGCUGAUUAACACUUUCAAGACCAAUAGCGAUCUAGCCGUAUUUUUGAAACACAGUUUAUAAAAUUAUACAAAUAAAGUUGGUCAUACGGCCAACAUUUGUGCUGUAAGUACAUAUAGCAAAAUAGUUUACGAUUAUCUCCGAUUUUCUUUAUCCUAAGAAUAAAUAUAACGAACAAAUAUAGAGGUGCAAAUAUUUAAUUUAGUUUAGUUUUUAAGUACAAGUUUAAAGCCUAGUAUUUUUUCGACUAGUCAUCAAUAAAGUACAGGUUUGAUUUUAUACAGGUGUCGCGUCUAUGGUAAACUUUCUGAGACGUAUUUUUAUAGUGAAUUAGGUAAAUUGAUGUUUGACGAAAGUCUCACUCAGGCUCUGAGAAUCGAGCAUUGCGUAGGAUUUAAAAUGAGAAAUUAAGUCUUGACUGAAUUAAGAUUUGUUUAUUGGCAAAUUGUAGACAGAAUUUCAUGUUUUGUGUUGCCUUAGUUAUUUAGUUGAUGGUCCAAAGUAUAGACGCCCCAAUAUGGAUACCAAAUAAGUACCAAUCAUAUUGAUAUUCUAUAAGUCACUAAGUUUACAAAUCUCGUUCACAAGACUUCUUCACCAGAAAUAUUUUGAUGGCUAGAUUUUCUUUUGUCUCAAAUAUUUGCGAUAUUUGGCCAAUGUAGACCCUUCAUCUUUCAAAAUAGAGUCGAUUUGAUAUUUGUUAAAUUUCGUAAAUUUUACAAAGUGCCAGUUUGAGAUUAAUGGUUCAAUUCUUGACCUCAAAGUUUACUCGUUUUAUAUGUUUACAAAAAUAAUUAGGGAAUUGUAUAUAGCUGCAUAGUUUGUUGGUUAUACGUAGGUACCUCCAUCUAACGGCAUAUUAUUAUGCUCACGGUAAGAAAAAUAAAAAAUAAUUUAUGUGAUUACCAAUCAAUACGUAAGUUAUCAUAAUUCCUGUCUACUUGAUUUUUAUGUAUAAAUUCAUUCAAAUACACGUAAAAUGUUACAAGCGUUCAUAGCGCUAUUACCGCAUAAAACCAUUAAAAUGGACUGUACCUACUUGGCAGCUACUAAAAUUAGACUUUAAAGUUAUACUCAUAAAGUUUGUAUUCCUUUUUCAUCACAUGGCUUCCUAUGCAUUGCAUUUAUCAUUUUGAUACAUUCCUUAGUACUGUCUUUGCUUUUAGUUCCUAUAGUUAAACCGCAGUCUUAAAUUUAAAAAUUAAACCGCUUAAUAGGAAAUUAUGUUUAUGUACUUUUUUGUUUGUUCUCUUAUGGAAAUGUAGCCAGAUUAUACUUAAAAAGUUAUUUAUUUAUUUAUAUAGCUUCGAAUUAUUCGUUAUUUAUUCAACGGCUAAAUGUGAAUCAUGUAUAUUUUUCUACUCAUACUUUAUUGAUAUAGUGGUCGCAAAGUGCGACUGCUUUGCACGUGGUCUCGGGUUCGAUUCCCGAGCCGAAGUUGGUGAUACUCCCAUUCAUCGGAGAGCAUGUUAAUGUCGGUCCUACGCCUGAUCUCUCUCCGGUGGUGUCGUAUUGCCGUCACAUCAGGCUAUGAGAGUGAAGGAAUAGUGAGUGCACUUGUGUCUGCGCAAAUGCUUGUGCACUAUAUUAUGUCCUGCGCAGCUGGCUGAUCUCCUACGGUCUGGAUGCCAUUAAUUAUUAUUUAUUGGUACUAUAACUAUUGAUAUUGUCCACGACGCAAUUUGUAAAUACUGAUACGGUGCCUUAUAUUGUCCACUUGAAACUCUAUAAAGAAAUUAGAAGUGUUGUGCCAUUAUAUUAUACAUAUAAUAUAGUAGAUUUUCAUUAUAAUGUAAGUAAAAAGUUGAAAUUACACUGGAAAGGAAUUUUAAUAGGUUUAAUUUAGAACAAUUAAGAUGCACGCGUGUUUUCAUGCAUAAUAAAUAUAGCAUUAUUCAACAUUGAUCAGUGUUGCUAGUGCAUCAGAUAUGUAUUUUAAUUUAAUGAUAUUGAUGAUAAAGAUUGUCAAAUAAAACUGUAACAGACAAUAACAGAAACGUAAAAUAUUGUGUAGUAAUGUUUCUUUCUGUUUUAAUUUACCACAUUUGUUUGGAAACAUUUACGGUGAGUUGCACAAUUUAACUAUACCGAUAACAAAACCAUUUUCAGCUGUCAAAUCACCGAUUUGACCAAAGGGCCGCAUGUACACGGUUGGUUAUCGUUAUAAGUAGUUAAAUGGUGUAACCCACGCUUAGUUCUUCAGAAUUUUGGCAGUUUACGGUAACAAAAUAUAGUGCAAUAUUUCAAUGACUUCACAAUAGUAUACGAUUUUUUUUACAUUACUAUCACAAAUGCCAAAUAUAUCUACUUAAAUGUAAGAUAAUUAUCUGUUUCAUAGUCAAUUUUAUAUUUAUGUGUGAUAACACGACUUGUGUGAUGUUUCUUAGACGUUAUUACACGCAGAAGCUUUAAAUAUCUUUUUUAAAUGAUUUGUCGCUUUCUAGAACAUUCCCUUCAAUUUGAAAUGGUGUUGCCAUGUUUAUUUGGCUUAGGUUUUAUUCAAGUUGCAUAAUAAAAAUGUGUGUUACCAUUAUGUAAAAAAUGUUGUAUGUUAGAUAGUAAAUUGUAUUAAUUACCAAUUAGAAAUAAUUUUAUUGGCAUUAAGUAUUUGAUGUUUUACUCUUUUGAAAAGGAUCAGUUUAAUAUUUUAUUAUACAAAAAACAUGACAACUGAGAAGCGCAUAUGCUUUAAUUGGAAUUUGAGUUUUAGACUUGAAGUAAAUCUCUAAAUACACAGGUCCUAAAAAUAUUGUUUUUGUUCAUAAUUGCUUUUCGCUCAAUAAUUUGUAAAAAUAGCUCAAAUUUGUGUUUAUGUGCUGUGUGAAAAGCCCAUUGUAUUUUUUUGUAAAAUUUUCACAGUUUUCUUUUCAUUCUCAUUGAAGUUACCAAUGUUUGUCAGAAUUUGUAAUAUAUCACAACAAAUAUUGUAUGCUAUUUGUAUUUGUAUAUCGAUUUGUAUUGCGUUGCAUUUAUAUUUGUGAAAUUUAUUAUAGGUAUAUUAUUUGUUGUCAAUUUAUAAAUGUGAUUAUUAAAAUGGAAGUAUAAUUUAUAA